AAAUUUAAAAUGAAAGAACAAAAGAAGGAGAAAUAUAAUUGUUGACGAAGGAAAGGGUAAAAAAAGAAAAGAAAACUCAAUUGACACAAAAGGUACAAAUCCAAUUUAAAAUAAGAACCUUCAUGGUUGGCACAGUUUGCCAAGCCAUUGUCCCACAAGAACAAGAAGAGAGAGAGAGAGAGAGAGGGAAAAAAGGGUAUGGGCCAUUUACAAACAACUCCAACACAAGACGUGUAGAUGGCUACAGAACCACUGCUGCACGCCCAUCAACCACCUUUUUUAAAAAAAAAUUCUCCAAAAAUAGGUAGGGAAAAAAAGAGGAUUUUUUCAAAGAUGAAAGAGAGUCAUCCUCGAGAAAAGCCAACACCGAUUCCAACCCCACGAGAAGAGAGGAAGAGAAGGAGAUGGAAAUGAAAAAAAGGAAAAAAGCAGAAUAAUAAGGGCAACACUGCCUCUCCCUCUCUCUCUCUCCCUCUCUCUCUCUCUCUCUCUUGGACUGAUUCGUUUCAAUCGCAUCUCUCUCUCUCACUCUAUUUAUAUCACAGACAAAAAAUUUAAUUACCAUUCAAAAAUAAUAAUUAUUAUAAUUUUUAAAAAUUUGUAGAAAAAAAAAAGAAAAAAAAAAACUAAAAGGGUAGGUGACAAAGAUGGUGAAGAAGGCAAGAAAAAUGGUGAAGGUGAAGGUGGAGAUGAAAAUGGUGGUGCCCUCUUACCAGACAUAAAUUCAUUUCCUUUUUUUUUUCUUUUCUACAUUACAAAGUUACAACAAACAAAACUCCCAUUUUCUUCUCUCUCUCUCUUAUUGAAGAGUCCGUCUAGUCUAAAGACUUGAAAGAAGAGCAUCUUCCUUGUCUUUCAUGCUUCUCUUAUGCUACCUUUUAUUAUUAUUGUUAUCCUUCAUUCCUAAUCUUCUUCACAUUGCCUCACCCACCUUCUUCUUCUUUCCCUUAUCUUCUUCAAUCUUCAAUCUAUAAUCAUUCCUUUCUUCAUGGCUGUUCAGGCUCAAUAUCCUUCUAAUGUUUUGUUAUUGAACAGGAAUGGUCAAGAAGGGCAUGAUUAUUCAUUACAGCCACAACCAGGGGGUUUUCUUGACCAAACUCAUAUGGUGUUCAACAAUAAUAUAGGAAGCAAUUCUCGAAAGAGAGGAAGAGAAAUCUCUACUGCUACUACAACCAUCGCGACUCCAAUCAAUCUAUCUCCAUUACAGCACCAGCCUUGUCCUCCUCUUCUUGUUGACCUUGCUAAGCUCCAUAACCACCAAAACAAUGUCGUCUCCACCGGCCUCCGCCUCUCCUCCGGUGAUCAUCAACAGAAUCAACAGCAACAGCAACAGCAACAACAUAAUCAAAACCACAAUCUCGUUCGUCCAUCAUCAUCCGCCUUCUUACCCCUAUUAACAGAGGAUUUCGCCUCAAAUUUCAAACGGCAACAAGAAGAAAUAGACCAAUUCCUUCAAGCACAGGAAGAGCAACUACGGCGCACAUUAGCAGAGAAAAGACAGAGACACUACCGUGCGCUCCUCGAUGCGGUGGAAGAAUCGGUCGCCAGAAGGUUACGAGAGAGGGAGGCGGAGGUGGAGAAAGCCACGCGCCGUAAUGCCGAGUUAGAAGCACGCGCCGCCCAGCUAAGUGUCGAGGCACAGGUCUGGCAAGCAAAGGCUAGGGCACAGGAAGCCACCGCCGUAUCCCUACAAGCACAACUGCAACAGGCGAUGUCCGGCGGUGGAUGCGACGGAGGAGAUGGCGGAACCGUGGGCGUGGAAGGACAAGCCGAUGACGCAGAGUCGGCUCAUAUUGACCCGGAACGAGUCGUGAUUUCGGGACCGAGUUGCAAAGCGUGUAGAAAACGGUUGGCUUCGAUGCUGAUUUUGCCGUGCCGUCAUCUCUGCCUCUGUACAGACUGUGACCAAGUGGCUCAGACUUGCCCGUUAUGCCAUUCCAAACGAAGUUCCAGUGUAGAGGUCUAUCUCUCGUAGGGCCCAAAUUCACGGCCCAGACCACAGCCCAAUUCAGGUUUCUCCCGGCCCAUUAACUGGCCCGGACAGAUCAAUGGGCUUGGAUUUUCUUUUUUUCCUUUUUCAUAAAAUUUAAAAAAAAGUAUUUAAGUAAUAAAAUAAUUACAUUUCCUUUUUAUUAUUAUCAAUUUUAUUUUUAUUUUUUUAGAAAUACUCUCAUAGACCAACUGAGAUCUCUCUCUCUCUUUUUUCUCUUUUGAAAUCGCUUUGAAAGUAAUGUACAUUGGCCACAUUGUGGAUUCUUUUUUU